AUGCAGAUUCCCGACACCACCCCGCAGGCUGACGCCCCUGCGCCGGCGCCCGCUUCGCCAAGUCCUCAGAACGAAUAUGCACAGAAGCAGUAUGAGAACGCAGACGCCACGUCAUCGCCUUAUAAGCAACCGGCAUAUGCUCCUCAGGCGAUUCCAGGGCAGCCCACAUAUUACUUUUCCCCACAGACGCAAGGAUAUUAUCCCUCGGCGCAGCCGGUCGCUGGGAGCUACCCCCCUCAGCAGCCAGGCGCGUUUUAUGUGGUACAGGUACCCCCACAAACCCCCCCCCGGGAAGAGGGCUGCUGCGUGACCCCCGAUUGGAUCUUCUUCGGCGUCGGCUGGGUGCUUUCGGUCUUCUGGGUCAUCGGGGCGUUUCUACCGCUGUGUCGCACCCCCAAGUUUGCGAAUAACGCCGUCAAGGCGGGUUGGGUCGCCAAUUGCGUCAUGAUAGUUGUUUAUAUCGUCGUAGUCCUGCUGUUUUUGUACGCUUAG